CCUCAUCCGUUUCCGCUCCCCGGUGUAGCGCGGCCGGAAAUAUAGGCCCCGGGAGCCGGAGGGAGCCGCCAUCAUGGGCGACAAAAUGGAUAUGUCUUUGGAUGAUAUUAUCAAGCUCAACCGGAGUCAGCGAGGCGGAGGGGGCCGGGCCGGUGGCGGCCGAGGCCGGGGAAGAGGCGCUGCGGGCCGAGGUGGCGGAGCUGGCCGAGGUGGAGCUGGCCGGCCCGGCGGUGGCGGCCCAAUCCGGAACAGAGCCGCUCUGUCCCGGGGAGGCGGCAGGAACAGGCCCGCGCCCUACAGUCGGCCAAAACAGCUCCCUGAAAAGUGGCAGCACGAUCUGUUCGAUAGCGGCUUUGGCCCUGGCGCUGGUGUGGAGACAGGCGGAAAACUCCUCGUCUCUAAUCUGGAUUUUGGCGUGUCGGAUGCAGAUAUACAGGAACUUUUUGCGGAGUUUGGAACAUUGAAGAAGGCAGCAGUGCACUAUGACCGAUCUGGGCGUAGUCUAGGAACUGCAGAUGUUCAUUUUGAAAGAAAGGCAGAUGCUCUGAAGGCUAUGAAACAGUACAAUGGAGUUCCCCUGGAUGGACGUCCGAUGAAUAUCCAGCUGGUUACAUCACAGAUAGAUACACAGAGGAGACCAAUACAGAGUGUAAAUAGAGGAGGCAUGACAAGAAACCGUGGUGGUUCAGGUGGCUUUGGCGGUGGCAACAGACGAGGCAGCCGUGGCAACAGGGGCAGAGGUAGAGGUGCUGGCAGGAGUUCUAAACAGCAGCUCUCUGCAGAAGAAUUGGAUGCACAGUUGGAUGCUUACAAUGCCAGGAUGGACACCAGCUAAAGCUGUUGACGCAUCAUGUGCAUGGGAAGGACUGCAGACAUCUCAUUCCAUGCUCCCCAAUGGGAGGGGAAGGGUGUAUGGCGGCGGCUACUACUAAUAUCAAGAAUGGAAUUUGUUUUACCUUUAUGUUUUGGAAUAGGUUUUAAACUCAUGUAAAGGUUUCUUUUCUUUCUUUUUUUUUAAAUUCUGAAACAGAUCUGUUUUGUACCAAGUUAUUUUUGGGAAAAAUUUUACUGGUUGCCUGUUGGGCCAAGGUGUUUUUUUUCACCUUGGCAAUAAUAAAAUAGAAAUGUGUCUAGAGCUGUAAAUGUCUGCUUCCUGUUGCAGCUGGAGACUAGCCUUGGAGCUGCAGAAGCCAAGAUGGGUAGAUGAGCAGAUGUCUGCCUGCAGACCCCUAGAAAAAUGAGUUGGUGCUGAUUGUCCUUCCCAUAGGGAGGGAUUCUGUUCCCUCAGUUCUCUCUGCUCCAAUAGGGGCUUGUAAACUGUAUAUGUCCCAUCUCCUAUGUGCUGACUUUCCUCCCUUUGCUUGUGCUAAAGCCAACCUGUGUGACUACUUUUGAAGGGAGGUGGUGGUGGUGGUCUCCAGUGAAACAGCUCCGCCCUUGGUCAUGGAAAGGGAGUAAAUUUCUUGUUAAAGUCGUUUUUGUAUUUAACACUUGAUUCCAAAGUUCAGUGCUGGUCCCACCUCAGUAUUUUUACUGUAAAAAAAAUAGUUGCUGUGAAAAUUCAGUGACUUCAACAUGCCAAGUAAAGAUUUAGUCUUUCAACUUGCAA